AUGAAGGUGCAGGUUGCAGCGUUUGGCAGCAGCGAGAGCAGCGACAAUACCGGAGCUGACGUAUUUAGUUGCCGCGGGUUUUCGCGCAGAUCGGCAGGCACAUCCCUGCUCCGCGCACCUGCUCUGCUGGCCAAGCCACGCUUCUAUCGCAACCCACUCCCUCACACUCCGCUUGCCAAACCCUCCGCGGCGAUCCUCCACGCGUCCAAGCUCUCUCAUCGCGGAACCGCUCCGUUCUGGUCAAUCCAUGCCCUGUUUCGCCCACGCUGCGAGGCCACCAACCCCCCCACCGGCCUGCUCAACGCUCCCAUGACGCCUUCACGAGAUGACGGGCCGCUGCAUUCUCCCAACUCAAGCAUAGAUUCCGGCCGCACCAAUGCACUUCCCAAGCGCACAUCGUCGCCCGCUCCGUCCAUAGCCUCAUCCAUAUCCAGCCUGCCCAACCGCCGCUCUACUGCCACUCUCUCCUCCGUCUUUGCCUCCACGUCGACCCUGCGACCCAACACCCCGGGAUCCGGCACUUCCACUCCGCAUGCUCCUAUAAUCGCCGGCUCUGUCUUCUCGCCGCCCCCGCGCACUGGCACUGCCUCGCCAGUACUCUCCGCCCCCGGCGCGACCGAUGAGAUCCGUGCCAUCAUCCUCCGCUCUUUCGUGCCACACGUUGGCGUUGUCGCCUCGCCCGAUACCGAAGAAAUAUGUCGGACCAAGGGCUUUGCGGGGGGCUUUCUGGAGCUGAUACGGCCCUAUGGCGACUGCGUUCAGGGAAAAGUCACCAUCCGGGAUAGCAACGGUGCGAGCAAGAGUUGGGACGAUUUCGGGGUUCGCUUUACAGGCCUCAAGGAUGGGCUCGGCGUCCGCCCACGACGCAGCACCGAGGCUCGUCCGGGAAGCGCAAAUGGCGAUCCCAGAGGGGAACCCUUCCCUUUCGUAAGAGUGGGCGGGGACGUUGGUCUCAUAGAGGAGGCCGUGGAGCGGCACUUGUCGUUUGCAGAGCUGCAGAUGGGGAGCGCCGCGGACGAUUACUUCAAUUCUAAGAGGACAAGCGCCGAAGCGCCCGGGUCCUCGUCGCCUUUUUACCGACUGUAUUUGCGUCGAUUGCUUUCUGGACUACCCAUUUCUCCCCACGAGACUUUCUCCCAUCCGGUGGCCUGCAUCAUAGCUAUCAGCUCCCGCUGCCCGAAUCCAAUUGAACAGCUGCGUCAGCUGUACCAGAGCACAAAUAACGGGGACCACAGAUUGCCGCAAUGGGUUAAUAACGACUAUUUACGAUAUUACGUGCUGGUGCACGAUGAAGAUCAUGAUGACAUUGGCAAGUCUACAGCGCUGUAUGAGCAGAUGAAGAGGCAUUUUGGUUUGCAUUGCCAUCUGUUACGACUGAGGAGUACUCAAUGUGUCUCUUCCGAUGACGAUGCAGUUCGACUUCCCAUGAGCGAUUGGCUUUCGGCUUCUGAAGAGCUGGCUGAGAUUCAGAAACGAGAAACCUCGGAGGAUGUUGAAGAUCCAACACCGUGCCUGUUCGAGUCCGAUGCUACUGCAAUUCGUACGUUCGUUCGUGAGCUCGUCACUCAGUCUAUCGUCCCCACGAUGGAAAGGUAUGCCAUGCAAUGGAACGAGCAAAUUGCAUCCAAACGGAAAGGUAUAAGCGGCCGCUUCAUGUCUUUAUCUAAACGCUGGACCGGUUUUGGAUCCUCUUCAAGAAAUUCGGGCAUAUCGCUUCAAGGCGGAUCAGGCAGUAAUUACGACUCGCUUCAAGGCUUCUAUAGGCCUGAUACACCAGAAGCUCUGAUGCGGAAGCUGGCGGACUAUGCCUUUAUGCUCCGUGAUUUUCGGCUGGCAUCCAGCACUUACGAAAUCCUUCGCUCCGAUUUCAACAACGACAAGGCCUGGAAAUACUAUGCAGGUGCAAACGAGAUGACUGUCAUAAGCACGUUGCUUGUAACGCAGAGCAUGUCCACAAAGACCCGCAUAGAAAACAUCGACCAAAUGCUCGAGACUGCAAGCUACUCAUAUCUCGCCCGCUGCGAAGCACCAUAUAACGCACUUCGAGGCCUGGUCCUCAGCCUGGAACUCCUAAAGAUGCGUGGCCACUCAGCUUGCGACGACGCUGCAAGAUGGGCCGCUCGAGUCAUCGAGACUCGCCUCGUCGGCGCCAUCGGACACGCUCUCUUCACCGAGCGCAUAUCCGACUGCUAUACAAGCAUGCGAGGCGUGGGCAGCAUGAGCUGGGGCAUGCGCCGUCGCAAAGCCGGCCAAUGGGCUGUCCUGGCGGCCGACGCUUGGAUGAAGCUCGACAAGAGUGUGCAAGCCGAGAAGUGCCUCGAUGCCGCCGCGACGCUCUAUGGCUUGAACGAGGACGUCGACGCGGAGGACGAGAAGGCGGUCCCAAAGACGGUCGAGUUCGCGGGCAUGCGCGGCUUCAUGGACGAGCUGCGCCAGGCCGUCGUGGCGAGCCGGCUCGCCUCGCGCGUCGGUUUCGCCGCGGGCGAGGAAGGCGCAGAAGGCGGCGAGGGCGGCGAGGCGGCGCUCCUCGGAAAGGCGUCGGGAAUCGAGGCCGAAGAGGAAGAGGAAGAGGUCGUCGAGGAGAUCAGCGAGACGCUGGGCCAGGACAAGCGGAGCCACCGCAAGAGCCUGAUCGGCGCCGUCGUGCCGCCGCUCGCGGGCGAGAACACACUCUCGCCGCUACGGACGCGCGAUGACGGCGACCCCAUGGCGUUCCUGACGCCGGAACAGCUGGACAAGCCGAAGGGUGCGGCGGCCGCGCAGGAGGAGCUGUUCGAGAAGGCGGAGAGCGGGCAGGGAGCUGCGGGUGAGAUGGUGCCGGUGGUGGAGGAGGAAGAAGAAGAAGAAGACGAGAAGGCUGUGGGUGAGAAGAGCAUCGAGUAG